AUGCGUUAUUUCGUUUCACCGUUAGCCAUUUUAAAUAUAAAUCAGACAAAAAUUAUUGAAAAUAUUCUUAUUAAUCGAACAUCUUUGUAUUUCUCAUUGGUUUUAUAUACUUCAACAGUACAAACAAUUAUUGCUCAACAUCUUGACCGCUGUAAAGGAAAUUUAACAUGUCAGAUAAAAAUGAUACCAUUAAAUACAACUCGUGUAGUAUGGAAACAUCAGACAAGUUCAAUAGUACCUGACUACCGUUUGGAUCAAUCAUGGAAGUCUGAUACAUUACAACAUUAUACGACUUAUUUUACCAUCGAAUGUUCAACAAAUGAGACAUGUAACCGAUUACAUGCCAAUCUACAACAAUAUCCACAAAUAUUCCACGCAUUUUACUUCGAAUACACGUUAUUACAUAGCAGAAAACGGAUAGAUAUUAAAAUAACAAACGAUCAUGUAUUAGGAACCAAGUUGUAUUCGAGAUUGAGAGACAUGCAGUUAUCUCCACCCCAUAAUCAUUUGAGUAUACGAUAUUUGUUUAGAGAAACGAUGGAUGAUUUAGUUCUUCAAAUACUAAAUUCUGCUAAAUUAUUUAAUGGCUGUACGGAUGAACGCGAACAGCUGAAAAAAAGCAUUAUGGAAAAGCUUGCUAUUGAAACCGAAGUACUAUCUGAACAUAGCACAGUGUGGGAUUUCGUUUAUUGGCAUAAUGCAUACAGCAGUCGUCCCGAUCGCCUGAUAAAAACGUUAAAUGAAUACAUGUUGUUAUGGAAAAGUGACGAGCAGCAUCGUUCUGAAUCCUACCAGCCUGUGACACCUGCUGUAGGUAGCCUGAUUAGCCAUCGUCGACCAAGUGAUGAUGAGGACGCUGACGGUAGGAUUAGAUUUCGGCGCUCAUUUUUUCUCGCGUCGAUGUCGAACAAACGAUCGCCGUCCAAUUUUUCCGUAUUGGAAUCAUCUAUGAUGAAUAUGUACAAGAAGAAUCUCGAUUAUAUCGAUUUUAGCGAUAAUAAAUAUAGUCUUAAACCGAUUAUUUUAUACAAAAUGAAUCUCGAUAGUUUCCAGAAUGAAACACAGGUGAUUUAUGCAAAACUCACCAACAACCAACAAGACUCAAUUUAUUCGGUGCCCAUACGUUUUAUAGACGAUAAAAAAUUUUAA